GACACCUACUGCAGGAUGGGGUUUUAUCCGCGGGAGUAACAGAUGAGGUGCUCCCGCCGGAGCAGGUGAGAUGUAAUUCAGCCUCUUAAUACUGCAGAAUUGUAUCAAACACCGACGAAAGCGAUCAAAGCCCCUCUCCCUUCUUCUUGCCACGCUCUCUCUCCAUCCACUGGUGAAGAAGUAGCAGAAGAAGAUGCAGAGCUAUGCCCUUGAAUCCCCAGACCUCUCUCAGGUCCAAUCCGCCAUGGCCGUUGUAGAACAAGCGUGCAACUCCAUUCAGAUGCAUAUGAAUCCAGCUGAGGCAGAAGCUACGAUCUUAGCUUUUCGUCAAUCUUCUCGGCCAUACCAGACUUGUCGAUACAUUCUUGAGAAUUCUCAUCUAGCAAAUGCAAGGUUUCAGGCUGCUGCUACAAUUCAAGAUGCAGCAGUAAGGGAAUGGGGGUUUCUUCCAGAUGAGGAGAAGCAGAGCUUGAUAAGUUUUUGCUUAUCCUUUGUUAUGGAACAUGCACAUGCAUCUGAAGCGUAUGUUCAAACAAAGCUUUCCGCUGUUGGAGCACUGUUGAUGAAGAGAGGCUGGCUAGAAUCAACUGCUGCUGAGAAGGAUGCGUUUUUCAUUCAGGUGAGGCAAUCUGUUGUUGGUGCUCAUGGUAGACAUGCCCAAUUUGUGGGGAUCAACUUCCUGGAAUCACUGGUUUCAGAAUUUUCACCCUCUACUGCUACUGGCAUGGGCCUUCCUGUGGAAUUUCAUGAGAAAUGCCGGGCAUCAUUAGAAACAAAACAUUUGAAGGAUUUCUAUUGUUGGGCACAAGACGCUGUGCUGAGUGUUGCCAAUGAAAUUGGAUAUUGUGAUUCAACUGGGCCUGAAGUUAAAGUUUGUGCUGCAGCCAUGCGUCUUAUGUCUCAAAUAUUGAAUUGGGAAUUUAAGAAGACAAUUACUGCUGAUGUGGGAGGUGUGAAGAAUAGAAGAGAUGCUUCUUUUUCUGGCUUUGGGCAUGAAGCAGCUUUGUUUAAGAAAUCUGAGCUGGUCCUUGUACAGCCAGGGCCUGCAUGGCGUGAUGUCUUGCUCUCACAUGGUCGUAUUGGUUGGGUUUUGGAGCUGUAUAGGACAAUUGGCCAGAAGUCAUCAUCUGACCGAAGUUGGAUUGAUUCUCCUCUCGCCGUUUCAGCUCGACAACUGAUUGUACAGUUCUGCUCAUUGACUGGGACCAUAUUUCCUUCAGAUGAUGGGCAGAUGCAAGAGCAGCAUAUGUUGUUACUACUUGCGGGAAUCAUUCAGUGGAUCGAUCCACCUGACACUAUUUUGAAUGCUAUCACAUAUGGAAAAAGUGAAAGUGAGAUGCUCGAUGGUUGUCGUGGAUUACUUGCCAUGGCCAGUCUAACAACACCUUCAUUGUUUGAUAGGCUUCUAAAGUCUUUAAGGCCUUUUGGCACUCUAAGUCUGUUAUCUUUAUUGACUUGUGAAGUCAUGAAGGCACAUGCUGCUAACAAAGACGAGGAGGAAACAUGGGCUUCAGAAGCUAUUAAUAUCUUAUUGGAUACGUGGAAUGUCCUACUACAGCCAACAGAUUUAAGUAAGAGUGCACAUUCAGCUGUAGGAGUCCAUGAGGCGUUCGCUUUAUUCAGCACAAUUCUGGAAUUUGAGCUUAAAGUUGCUGGUGAGUCUGCAUAUGAUGACGGGGACUCAUCUGAACAGUUUCAGGCCUUCAUUUCAGCAAGAGAUGAAAGAUUAAGCUCCUAUGCACUUAUUGCUCGUGCAGCAGCUGAUAAAAGCAUCCCUUUGCUCACAAGGUUAUUCAGUGAAAAAGUUUCCUUGCUUUGUCAGGGAAGUGGCAGAGCUGAUCCUAUUCGCACCUUAGAAGAACUUUACUGGCUUUUGUUGAUAUCUGGUCAUGUUCUAGCUGAUUCAGGCGAUGGGGAGACUGCACUUGUACCAGAGGCACUACAAGCUCAAUUCCAAGAUGUUACCGAUCCAGCCCAGCACCCUGUUGUUCUGCUUUCUGGUUCUAUAAUUAAUUUUGCCGAGCAGAGUUUGCAUCCUGAUACAAGAGCAGCAUUUUUCAGCUCACGGCUCAUGGAGGCCUUGAUAUGGUUUCUUGCAAGAUGGGCUGAUACAUAUUUACUUCCGAUUGAUACUGGCAGAGGGCAUAACUGCACUCCAAGCCAGGAAGGGGAGAGGCUAAAUGAACCACAUCAAGCUAGAAAAGCCCUGCUCUGUUUCUUUGGAGAGAAAAAUCAGGGGAAAUCUUUACUCGAUACAAUUGUACGUAUUGCUUCGACGACACUUAUUUCUUGGCCUGGAGAGAAAAUAUUGCAGGAGCUUACUUGCUUUCAGCUGCUUCCAGCCCUUGUCUGUAGGAAAAACAUUUGCAUUCACCUUGUUACUUUGGAAUCGUGGCGUGAGCUGGCGAAUGCUUUUGCAAAUGAAAGGAUAUUGUUCUCACUAGCCACUCCUCUUCAACGUUCCCUUGCAAAGGUGCUUUCACGUUCAGCUUGUGGUAUGAGCAACUCAGAGGCAUCCAACCAGUAUGUGAGGGAUCUCAUGGGGCCAAUGACAGGAUUUAUAGCUGAUAUAACUAAGAAGGAUGACAUUAAAUCUGUUGCUCAGCAACCUGAUGCUAUUUUUAUGGUCAGUUGUCUUUUAGAACGCCUGCGGGGAGCAGCUAGAGCCACAGAACCACGCACCCAAAAGGGCAUGUUUGAGAUGGGUGUUGCCAUAAUGAACCCCUUGCUUACCCUAUUGGAAAUCUACAAGAAUCAGUCUGCAGUUGUUUACCUGUUGCUUAAAUUUGUGGUCGACUGGGUGGAUGGGCAAGUCGUAUUUUUGGAGGCCAAAGAUACUGCAGUCCUUUUUAGAUUCUGUGUACAGUUACUUGAAAUUUACUCCUCUAAUAAUAUUGGCAGGAUCUCACUAAGCCUCUCAAGCAGCUUGCUGAACGAGGCAAAGACUGAGAAGUACAAGGAUUUGCGGGCCCUUCUUCAGCUUCUCACAAACCUUUGCUCGAAAGAUUUGGUCGAUUUCUCUCCUGACUUGGGUAAUGGAGCUGAGAAACCCGAUGUUGCACAGGUUGUGUAUUUGGGUCUCCACAUAAUCACCCCCCUCAUAUCUUUGGAGCUACUGAAAUAUCCAAAACUGUGUCGUCAGUAUUUUUCCCUGCUAUCACAUAUGUUGGAAGUCUAUCCAGAAAAAGUAGCGAAGCUAACUCCCGAAGCCUUCUCACAUAUAAUUGGAACCCUUGAUUUUGCCCUUCACAAUCAGGAUGUUGAAGUUGUUAAUAUGAGUUUGUCAUCGAUAAAUGCACUUGCUACUUUCCAUUACAAGGAGAGAUCUUCAGGAAAAGAAGGCCUAGGCCUGCAUGCUGUUGAUUAUAAUGAUCCAAGUGGGACACGGCAAGAAGGAAUUUUGGGUCGUUUACUAGAGUUGUUACUCCACUUACUGCUCUUUGAAGAUUACAGCACGGAACUUGUGGCGGCUGCAGCAGAUGCUCUUCUUCCAUUGAUUGUCUGUGAUCCGGGCUUAUACCAGAGACUGGGUCAUGAACUUUUAGAGAGACAGGAAAACUCUGUUUUCAAGGCGAGGCUAGCCACCGCCCUGCAAUCCCUCACAAGCUCGAAUCAGCUCACUUGGUCUCUUGAUCGCAUCAAUCGCCAGAGAUUCAGAAAAAAUCUUCAUUACUUCUUGGUUGAUGUCCGUGGAUUCUUGAGGACUAUGUGAACCAGCUAAGAACAAUCCAUUCAUGGUGAAUGUGAUUUGUUUAAAACGUUUGUUUCUUUUAUGCUUUUUUCUUCUAUUUAUUCUUUCAAAGGGUUAGUGAUUGCUUGGUUUUCCUUCCCCAAGUAGAAAGUCUUGGUUCAGUUUUCUUCAUUGGCAUUUAUUGUGAUGGAAACAUUUUGUGGGCUUUCUAUCUUCCUCUUUCUCACUUUUUAUUGGGUAGGGUGAGAAUGGGUGGAUGAAGUUUAGGUUAAAUUAUUUUGCAAAAUGAAGGAUGGGAAUCCCUAUUCUUGGAUGUAGCAUAUUUGUGUAGAAUUGCAUGAGAUAUAAUAAGAAUGUAGUCUUGUUCAGUAAAA